ACAGCCCGGGCUGCCGGCUCGCAGCCACCGCUAACUAUCCACCUGCGCUGCACUUGUGACAGCACGAAGACAGUGAACACCGUCGUACCUGCAAAAUAUCCUGGUAUCUGAUCGGAAGAGGCGUCACUGAGCUUUGAGACCCAACAAUGACUGCUACUUACACUCGUCCUAGACCAGCUACUGUUAACUUUCUGCCGACCAUAUCAACAAUGGCAUCAAGUUACAAAGGGCACUAUGCUCUUAAUGGAUACAGGCACAAUUUAAUGAUGCCUUGGCGACCUAGCACUUACUACAAGAUUGCAAGCAUUGCUCCAAACCUGGCCUCUUUUACUAUGAAUGUCCCUGGACCUGUUGAGGUCAAGAGUGCACAUUCGCCAUCCAACAGAACGGCGAUACUUACUAGAUACACCCCCCAGGAUUGGUACGAAUCCAACCAGUACAAUUACAAGGAGUCGGAGACCUCUAGACAUUUUGCAGACAGGCUCAGGGUUGACACCGCACGCCUGCUUCAGUUCAAGGAUAACGUCACCAAGAAAAUACAGUUUGAAAGCAACAAAAACUUAGGAGAACGUGUCAAUGACAUUAUGUUUUGGAAAUCUGAAUUGGAUCAUGAGGCUGAGCAGAUGAGCGGAGAAACUAAUGCUCUCAUGCACAUCAAGAAACGAUUGGAGCGAGCCCUAAUGGAAACUGACGGACCUCUACAGAUGGCACAGGAAUGCCUUUACCAGAGAGAGAAAAGACUGGGGAUAGAUCUCGUCCACGAUGAUGUGGAGAAACAGUUGAUAAAGGAGGUUGAUUGUAUAAAGUCCUGUCAAGGAAGAAUGAGGAGACACCUGGAUUGGGCGAUAGCCCAACUUGGAUCAAAUAGAGGAGCUCAGCAUGAGUUGGAGCGGGAUAUCAAUGAUAAAAACGUAGCGUAUAGAAUUGACGGCAAGUGCCAUCAACUACGAAACACAUCUGAUGGCAUCGGUUACUACAGAGGGGUGGAUCGCAUGGAUGCCACAAUUUCAAUUCCAGAGACCUGGGCCAAGUUCACAGAUAAUAAUAUAUUACGGUCUCAGAAUGAACGGGUCACUUCUGCUAAAGUCCGGGAUGAUAUAGAAAAUCUCCUCAAUUCAACGUCCAGUGAGAUGUGGAACCAGUACAAUACGUUGAAUACUUCAUUGACAAACCGAAUCUCCGAGACAAGUGAUGCCAAAAAUAAGUUGCAGAUACAUCUUGCUAAGACUCUUCAAACAAUCUUCCAAACUGAACUGACCAUUGAGCAAAUCAAACGAGCAGUCAGAGACAAGGAAGGACCUCUGAAAGUAGCUCAAACCCGUCUUGAUGAGCGUACACGGAGACCAAAUGUGGAGCUCUGCCGUGAUCCAGUACAAAUUCACCUUGUUAAUGAGGUUCGGGAGCUGGACACAACUAUCCAGACCUUGCAGCAGAGGCUAAAGGAUGCAGAAGAUACCUUACAAAUGUUGGUACAAACAAAAUCAGCCUUAGAGUACAACCUCUCCGUGAAAGCAAACUCGCUCUUCAUCGAUCAGGAAAAAUGUAUGGGAAUGCGGAAGAAUUUUCCAAGCACUCCGAGACUGAUUGGAUACACAUGAGAUUGAACUGAUACUUGCUUUAGCUCGCAGUGAUUGGAAUUUACUAUACAUCAUCAUGGGUAACAAUGGCUUAAAAUCAUAUUUAGACUGUUUCACUGCUGCUGGGGAAAUAUAUGAGCUCCUUACUGAGUGUAAAGGAAGUGUAGAUCUCAGGUGCUGCCGUCACCACUGAGUCAUGAUCUUUUGACAAAGUAAAGAUUAAAACUUAAUAUCAUCACCAAAUUAUUUUCUUUAAUAUGUCAGGCAGCAUCUCUGGAGGAAACAGAUGGGUCA